UAUAGAGAAGGAAACAGACUUGCCCAAGGUCUCCACAGACACUUCUUUAAUCCAUCUCUGAACUGAAUAUGGGCACAUCUUGCGGGAAUCUCCCAAUUUGUCUCAGAGUCUCUGAGUCCUUCCUGUCUCCCACCCUACUUCACCCCCAGCCCAUCUGCCCCAGAGGAAAUGGACCAGGGCAUUGCAAUCCACCCCUGGUCCGCUUCACUCAGCCUCUCCGGCCUGCAGCCCCACUGCCCUCUGUCCUCAGCCUCUUGUGUCCUGAGACUCCUGGGUUUUCAUUCCUCUGUAGCAGGUGGCAAAGGGAUAAGGAUUGGGAUCCACAGAUACAAUUUGAAUAGAGGAUUAAGGCUCUGAUUGGAAUUAUGCUUAGUGUAAGGAUACCCUGUAAGAAAUCCCAGACCAGAUCAUGAGAUAAAGCUUAGGGCUGAAGUUAGUGUCAGGGGCCAUGGCUAAAGGGUCGGGGUCAGAGAGUUUCUCGCCUCUGGUCUCCUCCCAGUUCUCCAAGGCACUGAGGGCCAGGCAGGAAGCAUCGGUUUCCUCAAAGCCGCUUCCCUCCUGGGGCAGAGUCUCGGUCACAAACAACCACCACCAGCCCACCCCGCCCCUCCUUCCCUCUUCACCAUGAGCUCAGAGCAGCAGGACAAAGUGCUCCGGACAAGGACAGAGGGCUGAGAGUAGCCAUGGGCUCUAGAGGAGGGAGCCUCCUGGGGAACAAGGGUUCCCUGCCUCUGCUGCUUCUGCUUACCAUGGGAGGCAUGGCUCAGGACUCCCCGCCCCAGAUCCUAAUCCACCCCCAGGACCAGCUGCUCCAGGGCCCUGGCCCUGCCAGGAUGAGCUGCCGAGCCUCUGGCCAGCCACCUCCCACCAUCCGCUGGCUGCUGAAUGGUCAGCCCCUGAGCAUGGUGCCCCCAGACCCACACCACCUUCUGCCUGAUGGGACCCUUCUGCUGCUGCAGCCCCCUGCCCAGGGACACGCCCAUGGUGGCCAGGCCCUGUCCACAGACCUGGGUGUCUACACAUGUGAGGCCAGCAACCGGCUGGGCACGGCAGUCAGCAGAGGCGCUCGGCUGUCUGUGGCUGUCCUCCGGGAGGAUUUCCAGAUCCAGCCUCAGGACACGGUGGCCGUGGUGGGUGAGCAGAUGACUCUGGAAUGUGGGCCUCCCUGGGGCCACCCAGAGCCCACAGUUUCUUGGUGGAAAGAUGGGAAACCCCUGACCCUCCAGCCUGGAAGGCACACCGUGUCCGGGGGGUCCCUACUGAUGGCAAGAGUAGAGAAGAGUGACGCAGGGACGUACAUGUGUGUGGCCACCAACAGCGCAGGACACAGGGAGAGCCGUGCAGCCCGGGUGUUCAUCCAGGAGCCCCAGGACUACACAGAGCCUGUGGAGCUUCUGGCUGUACGAAUUCAGCUGGAAAAUGUGACGCUGCUGACCCCAGACCCCGCGAAGGGCUCCAAGCCUGGGCCGGCAGUGUGGCUCAGCUGGAAGGUUAGCGGCCCUGCUGCACCUGCCCAAUCCUACACGGCCUUGUUCAGGACCCAGACUGCCCCAGGAGCCCAGGGAGCUCCGUGGGCAGAGGAGCUGCUGGCUGGCUGGCAGAGUGCAGAGCUUGGAGGCCUCCACUGGGGCCAAGACUAUGAGUUCAAAGUGAGACCAUCCUCCGGCCGGGCUCGAGGCCCUGACAGCAACGUGCUGCUCCUGAGGCUGCCGGAAAAAGUGCCCAGUGCCCCACCCCAGGAGGUGACCCUAAAACCUGGCAAUGGCAGUGUCCUUGUGAGCUGGGUCCCACCGCCUGCUGAAAACCACAACGGCAUCAUCCGUGGCUACCAGGUCUGGAGCCUGGGCAACACAUCACUGCCCCCAGCCAACUGGACUGUAGUUGCUGAGAAGACCCAGCUGGAAAUCGCCACCCACAUGCCAGGCUCCUACUGCGUGCAAGUGGCUGCAGUCACUGGGGCUGGGGCUGGGGAGCCCAGUAGCCCUGUCUGCCUCCUUUUAGAGCAGACCAUGGAGCGAGCCACCCGAGAACCCAGUGAGCAUCAUCCCUGGACCCUGGAGCAACUGAGGGCCACCUUGAAGCGGCCAGAGGUCAUCGCCAGCUGUGGCGUUGCGCUCUGGCUGCUGCUUCUGGUCACUGCAGUGUGUAUCCACCGCCGGCGCCGAGCUGGGGUGCACCUGGGACCAGGUCUGUACAGAUAUACCAGCGAGGACGCCAUCCUAAAACACAGGAUGGAUCACAGUGACUCCCAGUGGUUGGCAGACACUUGGCGUUCCACCUCUGGCUCUCGGGACCUCAGCAGCAGCAGCAGCCUUAGCAGUCGGCUGGGGGCGGACCCCCGGGACCCACUAGACUGUCGUCGCUCCUUGCUCUCUUGGGACUCGCGAAGCCCUGGUGUGCCCCUGCUUCCAGACACCAGCACUUUUUAUGGCUCCCUCAUCGCUGAGCUGCCCUCCACUCCCCCAGCCAGGCCAAGCCCCCGCGUCCCAGCUGUCAGGUGCCUUCCGCCCCAGCUGGCCCGGCUCUCCAGCCCCUGUUCCAGCUCAGACAGCCUAUGCAGCCGUAGGGGACUCUCUUCUCCACGCUUGUCUCUUGCCCCUGCAGAGGCUUGGAAGGCCAAAAAGAAGCAGGAGCUGCAGCAUGUCAACAGUUCUCCACUGCUCCGGGCCAGCCACCCCUUGGAGCUCCGGGCCUGCGACUUGGGAAGUAGAGGCUCCAAGAACCCUUCCCAAAACCCAGGAGCUGUGCCCCAAGCUCUGGUUGCCUGGCGAGCCUUGGGACCGAAACUCCUCAGCUCCUCAAAUGAGCUGGUUACUCAUCCUCUCCCUCCAGCACCCCUCUUUCCUCACAAACCUUCCCCCACGCAGAGUCAACAGAUCCAGCCUCCAGUGGCACCACAGGCUCUCUCCUCCGUCCUGCUGCAAGCAGCCCCCACCCCCAUCCUUAGGCCCUGCAGUCCCCCUAGCCUCCGGGACUCUUCACUCUCUGGUCCCAGCCCAGCUUCCAGUCGCCUGUCCAGCUCUUCACUGUCAUCCCUGGGGGAAGAUCAAGACAGCGUGCUGACCCCUGAGGAGGUGGCUCUGUGCUUGGAACUCAGUGAGGGUGAGGAGACUCCCAGGAACAGCGUCUCUCCCAUGCCAAGGGCUCCUUCACCCCCCACCACCUAUGGAUACAUCAGCGUCCCAACAGCCUCAGAGCUUGCGGACAUGGGCAGGACUGGAGGAGGGGUGGGGCCCGAGGGGGGAGUCUUGCUGUGCCCACCUCGGCCCUGCCUUACCCCCACCCCCAGCGAGGGUUCCUUAGCCAAUGGUUGGGGCUCAGCCUCUGAGGACAAUGCUGCCAGUGCCAGAGCCAGCCUGGUCAGCUCCUCUGAUGGCUCCUUCCUCGCUGAUGCCCACUUUGCCCGGGCCCUGGCAGUGGCCAUGGAUAGCUUUGGUUUUGGUCUAGAGCCCAGGGAAGCAGACUGCGUCUUCACAGAUGUCUCAUCACCUCCCUCCCCAAGAGAUGACAUCUUCCUGACCCCCAACCUCUCCCUGCCCCUGUGGGAGUGGAGGCCAGAUUGGUUGGAAGACAUGGAUGUCAACCACACCCAGAGACUGGGAAGGGGGAUGCCUCCCUGGCCCCCUGACUCUCGGGUCUCUUCCCAGAGAAGUCAGCUCCACUGUCCUGUGCCCAAGGCUGGUGCUUCUCCUGUAGAUUCCUCCUGAAAUGUGUCCCUGAGACUGCCAAGAAGGGAAUCAAAACCACCUCUCCCAUCCGCCCACAAAACCUGGGCUGUGGUGUGAGGGUCUUGGCAUGUGCUUCUCUGCAGUCGGGGUCCACCUUCCCCAGCCUCCAAAGGGUUUUCCCUCCAAGAUUGUGAAAACAAAUGAAAACGAAAUUAGAGGAAAGCAGACCUGGAGCCCCAGAGGGCAAAACAUUAUCUCCACUGAUUCCCAGCCACUGCUUUCUCCUCUGUGCCACUCCCACGACCAGGCCAUUUUGGCCUGAGGAGCAGCCCUGUCUCUUGCUCUCCCCACCCACUUGGAUCACAGGAAGUGGAGGAGCCAGAGGGGCCUUCGUGAAGGACAUCUGUGGCUGCUGGGAGAGGGCCAUGGAGGAAGGAGCUUCUUGGAGCCCCCUCUUAGAGAAGAGCUCAACUCUCUCCCAACCUCACCAUGGAAAUAAAUUAAGGAUGAACGCCACUAAGGCACUGAGGUCCUACCUCAUGCCAAGCAAGGGUUCAAGGCUGUGCCCAGGAAGGAUGCUGAAGGAAGGGAGGUGUGAAACCGUGGGAGGAAAGCACUGUCCUCGUACUGCUGUCACUAUGUGCUUAAGAAAUUUGAUACCAUAAAAUGGUAAAGACUUGA